AUGCGAAUCACGGGGCUCGCCAACAGCAUCACCACUCUCGGUGGCAGCAUCAGCGAGACAGAAAUUGUGAAGAAGAUGUUGCAGGUCGUCCCCGAUCAUCUCGAGCAAGUCGCGAUUUCAAUUGAGACAUUGCUCGACGUGAACGAUUUAACGGUGGAAGAGGCACCGACUGGGGAGCCAAUUCAACUGAAGGAGGAGCGAGUGUUCGCUCACAUCGAUGAAAGAGGCGAGCAGCAAGAGCACCGGCGAUGGGUCCUCGACACGGGGGCAACAAACCAUAUGACCGGGGCCAAGUCUGUGUUCUCUGAGCUUGACUCGGGGAUUCGGGGGACGGUGAAAUUCGGCGACGGCUCUGUCGUCGAGAUCGAAGGGCACGACACCAUCUUGUUCGUCCACAAGGGAGGCAAGCAUCACAAGCUGACCGGCGCCUACUUCAUCCCGAGGCUCAAGGCUAAUAUUGUGAGCUUAGGUCAACUCGAUAAGGUCGGCUGCCACAUUUCCAUCAAGCGCGAGCUACUUAGGAUCCGCGAUGAUCGACGACAGUUGCUCACGCAAGUUUGGUGCACGGCAAACCGCCUUUACAUCCUAGAGUUGUAG